GGCCUUUAGUGAAUGGAGUACCUCAAUCCCUAAAACAUAGUGCAGGAUUCCCAAGUCCUUCAAGGCAAACUGUGAGGUCAAUUGAGAGAUUAAUGAAUCCAAUAUAUUUUAUUGUCACCUGUUACUACUAUGUCAUCAACAUAUAGUAGUAGGAUUAUUGUGUCAAUGCUAGACAACAUGACUUCUUUUGAAACCCAGAUGAAGAAGAAACUCAGUAAAUCGUCGAAACCAAGCAUUUGGAGCUUAUUUCAAACCAUAGAUGGCAAGUUGGAGCAAACAUACAUGAUGCGAAGCAAUAUUAUCUAUGAAUCCAGGAGGUUGCUUCAUAUGCACAGCUUCUUUAAGUCGCCCAUGUAGAAAUGCAUUAAAACGUCAAGUUGUCAAAGUGGCUAUCUCUUUGUUGUUGCUAAGGCUAGGAUUGUGCGUAUAGUUGUUGAACUAAUAACUGAACUGAAUUUAGCUCCAAAAUCAAAGCCUUCCUUUUGAUUAUAUCCUUUUGCAACUAGCCAGGAUUUGAAUCUACCUAAUGUACUAUAUAUCUGACUUCAAUUUUGUUUUAAAUACCCCUUUAAAGCCAAUCAUAUUCAUGUGCGAUUCACGUGAACAAGCUUCCAAGUCUCAUUUUGAUGUAGAGCCUCCGUUUCAUCCUUCAUUGCAUUGUGCUAGUGAGGUUUGAGAUAGCCUCUUUGACACUUUUAGGCUCGUCUAUUUGUAGAAGCAGCAACUAGCGACGACGGUGAAUUCAUGAAUUCUGGAGGCUGGGCCAUAUUUUUAAACUUUAUUAUGGUGGUCAUGUGAUGAGCAGGAGGCUAGGGCUCAUCUUAUGUAGUUGGUGCAACAGAACAAUCACCAGUAUGGCAUUUAGUGAAGUCAACGAUUAGGUUAAUACCUGGAGGUUCAGUUUGAGUAGAAUUCUCAGUGGAGCACAUAGUGAUAGCAUGUGGUGAUCGCUCUAUAGCUUCUGUGGGGCUUGAUGUACAUCUAAAAUUGGUUUAGCUGCCUCUUCGUUAUAAUCAGCAACAUGAAAAACCAAGAGUGGCUCUUCAAUGUGAAAUGGUGCAUGAGAGACCUAGAGUGGUGUAGCUUCCUCGAUUAUAUCGCUGAGGCUAUUCUUCUCGGUUUUCAACAUUAUCUUGUUAUGCUUGGUACAACAGUUAUCAUCCCUACAACUCUGGUUCCACAAAUGGGAGGUGGAAAUGAGGAGAAAGCCAAAGUUAUUCAGACAUUGCUAUUCGUUGCUGGUCUGAACACCUUGUUGCAGUCUCUCUUUGGGACCAGACUGCCUGCUGUGAUGGGAGGGUCUUACACCUUCGUUGCACCUACAAUCUCGAUUAUCAUUUCUGGACGAUGGAGUGAUGAAGACCCUGUUUCGAAAUUCAAGAAGAUAAUGCGGGCGACUCAAGGUGCACAUAUUGCGGCUUCAACACUUCAGAUAGUCCUAGGCUUCAGUGGUCUCUGGGGCAAGGUUACACGGUUUUUGAGCCCACUUUCAGUUGUUCCUUUGGUUUCUCUUGUUGGCUUUGGGCUUUAUGAGUUUGGUUUUAGUGGGGUUGCCAAAUGUGUUGAAGUUGGGUUGCCAGAGCUAGUCCUUUUGGUCAUUUUCUCUCAGUAUUUUGCCUAUUUGAUAUGCCCAAGGAAGAAGUUAUUUGAUAGUUUUACUGUUACUAUCACGGUGGCCAUUGUAUGGAUUUAUGCACACCUACUCACCGUGCGUGGGGCUUACAAUGGAAAGCCACCAAAGACACAAGCAAGCUGCAGAACUGAUCGUGCUAGACUCAUUGAUGGUGCUCCAUGGAUUAGUAUUCCUUACCCCUUCCAAUGGGGACUUCCUUCAUUUGAUGUCGGUGAAGCAUUUGCUAUGAUGAUGGCCACUUUUGUUGCUCUUGUAGAGUCCACUGGUUCUUUUAUUGCAAUUGCAAGACACACAUCUGGCACUCCUGUGCCCCCAUCAAUACUAAGCCGUGGUGCUGGUUGGCAGGGAGUUGGGAUUUUACUAUCAGGAUUGUUUGGCACUGGGAUUGGAUCUUCUGUUUCUGUUGAGAAUGCUGGCCUUAUAGCACAGACACGUGUUGGUAGUAGAAGAGUUGUCCAGAUAUCUGCUGGGUUCAUGAUUUUCUUUUCAAUUCUCGGGAAAUAUGGAGCGUUCUUUGCUUCAAUUCCAACGCCCAUUGUAGGUGCUUUGUAUUGCCUUCUGUUCCCUUAUGUAGGAGCCGGAGGCUUAAGCUUCCUUCAGUUUUGCAAUCUUAAUAGUUUCCGCACCAAGUUUAUAUUAGGUUUCUCCAUCUUUCUGGGUUUGUCCGUGCCACAGUACUUCAAUGAGUAUACUGCCAUUGCUGGUUAUGGACCUGUUCACACGCAUAGAAGAUGGCUCAACGACAUGGUCAAUGUGCCCUUUUCGUCGAAAGCUUUUGUUGCGGGAAUCGUGGCUUAUUUUCUAGACAACACACUACAGAGAAGGUAUAAUCAGACAUGGAAUGACAGAGGCAAUCACUGGUGGUACGCAUUCACGUCCUACAAGGGUGACUGUAGAAGUGAAGAAUUCUACUCCCUUCCUUACAUUCUGCGUCAUUGGUGACCCUAUGGAGACAGAAGGGUUCCUACUUCAACGAGAGUCUUGCUUGAGCCCUGACCAUUGAAACACAAAUCUUCUUUUCAUAUGUAUUGCGAAAAGAAGUAUAAAUAGUUUGGAUGGUUGUUAUCUAUUGUAUUUGUUAAUCUAAAUUAGGGAGCAAGAGCAACUAAUUGUGUGUGCCAUAUCAUGCGCAGUGGAAAUCAUUGUAAUCGCUACCAACAAACACUACUAAAAAUCUGCUAAAAAUCGAUCAAAUAUUUCCGACCAA